UGAGAUAGAUUCUCUCACGUCGGCUGGCUCGCUCAUCGGCAGCCUCACGUCGUCUGGCUCGCUCAUCAGCGUCGCCGUUGCCGUCCUGCCACUGCUGCUGCUGACGCCGUCGCCGCCGUCGCCGUCACCGCCACCACCGCCGUCGCCGUCAUCGUCUUCUUCGUCGAGCAGCACGCAUUAUUUUCGCCCGCGCGGUUCCGCGUCGUUGCUCGCGCGACACGUCCGCGGGCAGGGGGAAGAAGCGGGAGAUCGAGAAAGAUGAGAUCGCUCCGGUUUUUGCGCGGAGAACGCGGGACUCAACCGCGGUGACAGCUCUCUUCUGCUCCGAGGAGUUCCACAAACGCAAAGUACAGCAGUUCUAAGGGUGGCUAUUCCUCUUCGACUACGUCGUCGGACAGUCGCUACGAGGGACGUAUGCGCGACUCUCCAAAUGGUAACUCUUACAGUCCAGCUGGCAGCUUGGGAAUGGGCAUGGGGACAGACCGGGAUAGCCCUCGGAAUUACACAUCCAAGCCUCUUUACAAGAAGGAGAGAGAAAAUAGAGACUAUAAACUAUCCUCCUCUAGGGACAAGUAUUCCGAUUGUGCACGAUCCCUAAAAGACAAGAGAAGCCGUGAGAGCAGGGAUUCAGAACACAGGACCAACCACGAUAGGAGUAGUGGGGAGAUCUUACAUCCCUUAAAAUUAUCAUCAAAUUCAUCAAGAGAGUCUUCAUCCCAGAGAAAACCAUCACACAAUUCCUGUCAGGAUAAACGUGGUGAUGAGCGAGGAGGUGCAACGGAACGAACAGCCAGAUUUGGUGAUUGGUCAGAACACAUGAGUUCAUCAGGAAAGAAGUAUUACUACAACUGCAAGACGGAAGUUUCUCAAUGGGAAAAACCACGGGAGUGGAUCAGUCGAACAGAUAACCGUCAACGCCAAUCUAGUGACUACUCCUCUAGGUCAAGUCAUGAUAAACAUUCCAACUCGCGAUCGAAUAGCAGUAGCAGUAUGCGAGAUGGUAAAUCGUCGCGACAGUCUGACAAACGAGAAUACUGGAGUUUAUGUAGUGCAAGCGGUGGCAGUAGCAGAGAUGAUGUUUCCGCGAGGGAGAGGGAACGGGAAAAAGAACGAGAAAGGGAACGAGAGCGAGAACGAGAACGAGAACGAGAAAGAGAAUCUAGAGAAUGUAGAGAAGAAGUUAGCGUAGAACGUCAAACUCAAGAUAUGGAUAUCUCUCCAGGUGAUUCAACACCAACUUCGGAACCUUUGACAUCAUCCUGCGCUCAUGAUCCACUGCCACAAGGCCCUGUUCUCCUGGCCGCUGCAUUACCUCGGUUAACAUCACAUCCAUCGUCAACGACACCGCAAGUAACUGGCAAACUUAGUUCACCUACACAACAACAGGGAAGCAGUAAUGCUCCUGGACCACCGGUGUCACUGGCAAAUCUCCCAAGAUUACUGUCACAAAUUACAGGCAGCAAAGAACAACCUGACAUCACACCACAGAAGGCAUUACAAACAAUUCAAACAGCAAUCUUGUUAUCCCGACAACAGUCUGUUAGUGGGGAUCGAACUAAUACUGGAAGUGAUGUGAUGGUUCCAUUAAAAGUUGAUACAAGUGGCAAUAUUACCAGCGAGGGUCCACCUACUCCCACACAUUCAGAAACUCAGGAUUGUAUCGACGCGCGAAAAUUAACAAGUCCUGGGGGAACGAAUUCCGGAGUACAAGGUCUAAGCUCCUUGCAAAGUCUCAGUACGUUAGGCUCCCUUGGAAAUUUGAGUAAUACAGGAGGUUUACAAGCAUUGUCAAGAGUGCAACCUCCUUUAACACCUUCCUUAACACCAUCUCUCGCUAAUCAUUAUCGGGAAGACUUGACGCAGCAUGUGCGUGCUUUUCCUGCAGAUAUUCUUGAAAAACAGGCACAGAAACUUAGUGAGGAAGCACAUACAAUGGGCAGUUUGCAGUGUACGAGAGUGUCCGCAGAGCUGAAGACGGCACGAUCGAUAGUGAGGCUGACAGAAAUCCAGGCAACGUUACAGGAACAAAGGAUAUUAUUCCUCCGUCAACAAAUUCAAACACUGGAGGAGUUAAAAUCCCAAAAUUCCUUCAUGUCUGACGAUUCUUAGUGUAAGAAUCUUUAUAAAAUAAUUAUAAUUACAAUCUAUAAUUAAUUCAAGCAAAAUAAAACAUGAUUAUUAAUAUUCUCAUUAAUAUUGAAUAAUUAAGAUUGUACCUAAAUUAUAAUAUCGUAAUAGAAGUGAUAUAUAAUAGCGAAUGAACAUGGGCUGCUCAGAGAGGACCGGCUGUUCCAUUUAUCAGCCAACGAGUCUUAAUAACUAAUUAAUGAAUUUAUUAGUGAAUCCACCUCUCUGAGAAGCACAGCAGGCCUAUCCAAAUUGCAAACACAACACUAAAUGAUUAGAAAAACGAAUCAAUUUUAUCAGUUCAAUGCAAACUACUGAAUUGUAUAUCCGAAUUGUUCACCAUCGUCUUGUAUUUACCUAUGUUAUACGUGUCAAUGUUUCAUAUCCCAAGAUUAAGCGGCAUUUUAACUAGUUGAAACAUUUUUGUUGUAAAUCUCGGAAUAAAAUUCGUGCCACAAGUUUUAAUACAGUUCUUUAUCAGCCAUAGUCUCACUUACCUAAUCUCCUGAAUUCUUUGUUGAGAGAGGGAGAGAAUCGCUUUUAGAGAACUUGCAUUAAAUUAAAUAUAUUUACAUUAAAUAUGAGAUGGGGAAUUAUAUAUUUUAUAUUCAAAUUUAUGUUCGGAUCUCCAAUCGUUUUAUUACAGGAUUUCUUGACAUUUGUAGAAUUGUAUCAUCGCUGAGCAAGUAUUGAUAUAUUAUUAUACAUGCUCUUCUAUUUACAUCGUGUAAUUAAAAAGUAGCAUUGACGAAAUCUUUAGAAUAACAAAUUACCAUUUAAUUUCUAGUGUGUAAAUAGCAGAAUCAGAGUGAGUAUUAUUUACGAACAACAUAAUUUUAUGCAUGGCAAAUUUUUUGAGUUUAAUAAGGACAUUAUUGUAUUGAAACUAUGGAUCUAAAAUAAAAAUAUGCAUUUUUUAUAUUAUAAUUACAGAUAACUCGUUUUUACUUUAUUCGUAAUCUCCUAUACAACUAUGUCAAAUGAAGAAACACACAAAUAAGAUCUUGUUAUAUCCAUAAUCCUAGCGUUUAAUAAAGUACUGUAUAUGAAAUAGUUGAUAAUAUCGCGGAAUUGUAAUCGUUAUUUAAAGAACUAUAUUGUUAAGGAAUUCUUUAAUGAGGUAUUUUCAACAACUUUUUUCACUGUAUAACUUAUUUAUUGAAUGAUAUUCUGCGAGAUAAUGGAAAGAGGAGCAUAUUAAACGAUAUAUACUGAAAAAAAUGUCCAAAAGAAUUGUUUACAUAUCAUACUGUUGAAAAUCAUCCUUUGAAAUAGAUUGUUACAACAGUUUGUAGAGCGAUAUAUAUGUAUACAUGUAUGUAUGUGCAUUUAUAUAUAUAUAUAUAUAUAUAUAUAUAUAUAUAUAUAUAUAUAUAUCAUAUGUAUACGAUUUAGGAUGUCGAAAAACCUCGAAUGUGAUACAAUAAUUCACAGUAGGUAUUUCUUAUUUUGUAUAUUUCUUUGAGGAACUGUCGAGGAGCGAUUCUACUACUUACAAUAUUAAAACAAAAUGAAAGAACAUAUAUUCGUAACAUAUUACACUUUAUCUAGACAUCAGGAAUUGUGAUCGAGAGAAUUUAUGUUCUAAUGUUAGAUUAUUUUUUUGACCCAAAGAAUUUUGAUAUGGAUUUGCACACAUCUCAUGAUUUUUCCUACAUAAUAUAUACUUAUUAGGAAAAUUACUUUAACAUAUUUAUAUGCGUGUGCACAUGCUAUAAUAAAAUUCUUUAGUUCAAAUCGAUGGUCACUAAAUGCCCUCCUAUACCUUUUUUCCCUCUAAAUAUAAAAUAAAACUAUAUAACCCAAAUUAAUUCAACAUCGUAUUUUACUUGGUAUUUUUUAUAUAUCCUAUAUAUAAUGUAUAUAAUUAUAUGAUUAUUUACGUAUGAUCAUAUAAUUACACACAUGCGCGAAUGCACAAUUAUAUAAUCGUUAUGGCUAAACAGAGGAGAUUAGUAUUAAGAAUAGUACUCGUAAUAAUGUUCAUGUAUCUUAUACGGUGUUUCUCAACACAACACAAGCUCCGAGUAGCUCUUAAAUAUAAAUAUUACAAGUGCUAUCCAUUAAGGCAAUGUCACCUUUAUUCAUUAUAGAUAAAGAAUCGAAGCAGUAAAUCUUUAGAGAAUUGCUACUGUUUUUUACAUUUCUGCUCUGCAAAAAAAUUCCUCACAUGUUACAUAUAUUUUUUACUGUUAUUAUUAUUGCGAGUUAUUGACAUCGCUUAUGCCUAUACAUUCUGCAUCAAAUUAAAAUGCAUUUAAUAAAUUCAAUGUAUCAUCCUAAAGGAAGAAGUUGUGGCUUGUAUAAGUUUUAAGAUUUAAAAAUAUAAUACACUUUUGAUGAAAUAGCGCGCACACACACACACCACACACACACAUACACAUGCGCGCGCGUGUGUGUAUGUACGUAUAUACAAAAAAAAAAACAUUUUCAAUCCAUAAGCGUAUUUCGUCGACUUUGCUUGUGCGAAUAAAGAUGGCUUUUCUUAUAUCUUGCAUAUUACAUAUUUUAAUAAGUAUCUUUCGAAUUGUUCUAUGAUUCAACGGUUGAGAAACACCAAUGCGGUUUUUCGUAUUAACUAAUGUUACAUCAUGUCAUGAGAAUGUAACAGCAUCCCCAUAGCACCUGAAGCAUACAGUGAACAUUCUCCCAUGUAUUAUUUUAUUUAAUUACAGUCAGUCAUUGGAUUUAUUUCAUAACAAACUCCCACAUUUUCUGAACUUUAUUAGAUAACUGCUUAAUGCAUUUUCGAUAGAUAUUCAGAAAAAUUCAGUACAAUUGCAUAAUUUCCAAUGGACUAAGAUUAUAAUAAGGCCUCAGAAUAUUUGACAUAUCAUAACAUCCCAUAGCUCAUAGAAAUAUUACACAAAAAUUCAUCAUCAUAAAACCUUGUUAUUAAUGUGCAUAAAAAAGAAAAUAUUAAUGUUAUGUAUAUAUAAAGAAAUAUAGAUUCUAAUACAUUUUACAUAAAUCUGCAAAUAAAAAAUUUUAUAUAUGAUAAUAUGAUAUAUACUAAAAUAGUUUUUAUUAAAUAAAAAUUUCUAUCAGAUAUGGGACGUUACAUAUCUAUUGUGUUGAAUAUUUUUAAUGCAGUACUCUUCAGAUGUUUAUGCAAACAUAUUACAAUGGAGAGUAUGUAAAGUGCUACAAAACAAUUCCAAUAUGCUUUAUAAUCGUUAAUACAUCUACGUUACACGUUCAUUAUGUAUUUGUAAGGCCAUAUACGAAAUUUAAUACAAAGAUAUUGCCUCUGCAGACAAUAUUCGAUAUAUUAAUUAAUUUGGAAAUUUGUCUACUCAUAGACAAAUGGA